AUGGACCCUCUUGGGAAUCACAAUCAUAACCAUAAACCUUAUUGUUCUUCGUUCACGGUAUCGGAAGAGGAGUUCAAAGUGUUCCACAGAAUAGACAGAGAGGUGUACAGAACACUUACCAUGGACCUCAAGCGGGACCCCUCGGAAUGCAUGCAAGUCAUGGGGAUGUGGCUCUGGCUCGAGAGGAUUGGGUUUCGCAACGUAGUUUACAAGAUAUUCUCAUUGCCCACCCCCUUAGUAAACGACCUUGCAGAAGAGACACUUACAUGCCUCAACGCCAUGCUACCUUCUUCUUUGGAAAGAGACAUGGACAGCAUCCCUCUGCUUCAGAGCGUCUUGGACAAGGACAUCUCGCUCCAGUUCUUGCACCAGCAUCACGCCGACGCAGUGCAGGGAGUGGCGAAAAUGGUGCAGGAAGUGUGCAUCAGAGCCUUCAGUGACAUCAAGAUGAUGGUGAUGCAGCAGCAGCACAGGGUAGAGAACAGGAACAACGGUGGUAGUGGUGGUGGUGAAGUGGUUCCAGCAGAGGCGAGGACGAUGUUUGUGACGUUCUCGAAAGGGUACAGAGUGGCGGAGAGGGAAUUGAGGGACUUCUUGACAAUGGCGUAUGGAGAUUGCAUUGAAGCAUUGUACAUGCAAGAGGUGCAGCACCCAAACCAUCAGCCCCUCUUCGCUCGAAUUGUAUUUAGAAAGCCAUCCACCAUUGACGUUGUACUCAGGGGUGCAACUAAGGUUAAGUUUAGCAUCAAUGGCAAAGAUGUAUGGGCCAGAAAGUUUGUGCCAAAAAACUCUACUUCUAGUUUGAAUAUCAGAAUUUAA